AUGGCUCCCGCUGCAGGCAGCGUGGACGAGGCAGUGGCGUUCCUGCAGAAAAGCAGCAGCACAGCGGGCUCCAGCGUGUUCGACCACCUCACCUCCGUGGUGCACAGGAUCCUGGAGGAGCGGCCCGCCAACGCGGUAGACAUUCUGGAGACCAGCCUGCUGGUUAAGAAGACGGCACCGCCUUCAAUCAAGGAGACUGCACCCAAGAAAAGCAGCCCCGAUGCGACCUCAAUCGCAGCGGCCACGGCUACCCUGCAGCUCUACAGCACUCCCGAGCCGGCCAUUAACGCUGAGACGGGCGAGGCGGAGGAGGCUGAGCCGCUGAACGAGUAUGACGCGGAGGACGUGCUGCUGGACGCCAGCCUGUACGCAGCAUGCGGGGUGGGGCUGGGCGCAGGCGAGAUGCACCGCGUGGCGCUGGCACUGCACAAGCUGGGGCAGGACCCGGCCAAGAACUGCGCCAGCGUGCGCUUCUUUGGCAAGCUUUUCGGGACCACCGCCAACUACUACGUCUUUGAGAGCACGCCCAAGGGCGAGGAGGAAGAGAAAUCGGAGGAGGCUGUGGCCGCGGAGGCUGCUGUAAUGUGGGGCCGCCCCCAGGACGGCGUGCCGCCGGAGGAGCGCAGCGGGGCCAACGCGUGCGUCUACUGGGUCACCACGCGGCUGGGGGGCCCGCUGACGCGGUUGCCGGACGUGACGCCGCUGCAGGUCAAGACGGCCCGCAGCAUUAAAAAGUUCCUCACGGGCAACCUUCAGGCGGAGGUGUCCGCGUACCCGCCUUUCCCCGGCGUGGAGGCCCACUUUUUGCGCGCGCAGCUGGCGCGCAUUGCGGGCAGCACGGUGGUGUGCCCCGCGGGCUACUUCACGGUCGGCGAGGAGGACGCCGGCCUCGAGAAGAACGACGAGUUCGUGGCGCCCGCCGCGGCCGACGCGGCAGCGCUCGAGGCCUGGGCGCACAGGACGCCACACAUCAAGAAACAGGGGCGGUGCGCGGUGUGGGUGGCCCCGCCGGCGGAGGACGCGGAGGAGGGCGAGGAGGAGGAGCGGCAGCCGAGCGAGGAGGAGGCGGAGGAGGGGCCCGCGCCGCUCACCACGCUGGACAACGACGCGGAGCUGCCGGCCGGGGGGAAGCCCUGGGCGGCCGCGCUCAGCUCGGACAUACCCGGGCUCAAGCACAAGGUGGCGUGUAUCCGGUCCCUCCUGUGGCCCGGCGCUUAUGCCAUCGCCACCCCUUCCGGCUUCUCCAACAUCUACAUCGGCUGGGGCGUGAAGAACGCACCCUACAGCCCGGCCUCGCCCCCCGUCGUGCAAACAGAAUACGAGCCCGCCGAGGGUGAGCCCGCCCUGGCUGAGUCCAACGAGCUGCCGCCCAAGCCGGAGCCCGAGGUGCCCGAGAGCCCGACCGGGGAGGAGGGCGAGGAAGGCGAGGACGACGGCGAGGAAGGGGACGAGGACGACGAGGGAGAGGAAGAGGAAGAGGAGGAAGACGAGUAG